AGUUCACUUUUUCCAGCAACUCCGAGCCAAGGAAGAAUGAUCACAUUUAACCGCUCAGCGUCACUCCCAAUAGGUACUAGUAUUCGCCUAUAGUCUUCCCCGGCUUUGCCAGUAGUGAUACACAUUUGAUCCAUAUUUUAUGACGGUUUUUCUUAGCCUUUUGUUGGAGGAUGAAUAACCUUGUCAGAAUAUAUUUUUCUAGAUAGAGAACCCGUUCUUGGUCGUGAUGUGGGUACAUCGUUAAAGGGGUCCCCUGCGGCUCUUUGUAAUUGUCACCUGCAGUUGGUCCACCAAUUGUUUUAUUUGUUUAUUCAACGGUGUUGCUCCAUGCAAAUCCCGGGGACUAUGUGAGCAUCAUGCUGGUGGUGCGAUGCCUGGUGUUCGCUGCUGUGAGUUCGCGGUUUGCCGUGACAGGCUGGAGCAGCUCGGUGAGCAAUAGAGGAGACGGGGAGACGUGGGAAUGGCAGCCUUCGGAGGAGCAGGGGGACCGGGGACCUGCUGUGGAGGAAGUCACUCAGCCCAAGCGGCUCCUGCAACAGAUCGACUCGGAGGGAGAGCUGGCUCACCGCCAUCUGGACACUCGAGUCAAGAACCACACCGAGGGAGCACAGCCUGUCCAUCUAGCCCAGAGCAGUUUCCUGGUGGAAACCUUUGGCAAAUCUUUCAUCCUGGACUUGGAGCUGAACCACAAUCUCCUGUCUUCGGAUUAUGUGGAGCGGCACUUUGACGRCGAAGGGAGGCCGUCUCAAAACAUGGGAGGGGAACACUGUUACUACCACGGGCGACUGAGGGGGGUACGAGGCUCGUGGGUUGCUCUCUCUACCUGCCAUGGAUUACGUGGGAUGUUUUCCGAUGGGAACUUCUCCUACGGGAUCGAGCCUGUUCUCAAUACCAGUGGGGAGAAGCAGAAUGAUCAUGUGGUGUAUCGAAUGCCUGACCUGGACCUGCUACUGUCACUACAAUGUCCAGGUUGCUCAUUGAACAGCAGUGACACUGAAGGGAACUCUGAAAAUGACAGUGACCCUGCUGGUGGUGAUGAUGAUGGUAUCUUGUCAGAGCCGGAGGAGCCCAUCUUCACAGAGGAAGGGUUGAGCCGUUCAAAGAGACAGGUCAGACGAGGUCAACGCACAGUCCAGACCGAGACCAAGUACAUCGAGCUGAUGGUGGUGAACGAUCACGACCUGUUUGUGCAGCUGCGUCGGUCGUCGUCGCAGACGAGGAACUUUGCCAAAGCGGUCGUCAAUAUGGCAGACGCGAUUUACAAGGACCAGCUCAACACGCGGAUCGUGCUGGUCGCCAUGGARACGUGGUCAUCCCAGAACAUGGUGUCCGUGGGCAAUGACCCCUUGCUGACCCUGAGGGACUUCAUGAAGUACAGGAAGGAGAGCAUCAAGGAGCGCAGCGAUGCCACACACCUCUUCUCGGGGAGGACCUUCCAGAGCAGCCGCAGUGGCACAGCCUACAUCGGGGGAAUCUGUUCCCUCACACGGGGAGGAGGAGUCAACGAGUACGGCAACGUGGGCCCCAUGGCCAUCACGUUGUGUCAGAGCCUGGGGCAGAACAUUGGCAUGAUGUGGAACAAGGAGCGCCCUACGGCUGGGGACUGCAGGUGUCCCGACCCAUGGCUGGGCUGCAUCAUGGAGGACACCGGCUACUAUCUUCCCAGGAAGUUCUCACGCUGCAGUGUGGAUGAGUACCUUCGCUUUCUCCAGCAGGGUGGGGGCAGCUGCCUCUUCAAUAAGCCCAGCAAGCUGCUGGACUCUCCAGAGUGUGGCAAUGGCUUUGUGGAGGUGGGGGAGGAGUGUGACUGUGGAUCCCAUGUGGAGUGUGCGCGGAGUGGAGGAGCCUGCUGUAAGAAGUGCACCCUGACCCAUGAUGCCAUGUGCAGCAAUGGCCUCUGCUGUAGAGGUUGCAGGUACGAGCUCAGGGGGGUGACGUGUCGCGAAGUGACCAAUGACUGUGAUGUCCCGGAGACGUGUCCCGGAGACUCCAGCCAGUGUCCUCAUAAUGUCCACAAACUGGAUGGUUACAUGUGUGAAGCUGGCCAGGGUCGUUGUUUCGGAGGUCGCUGUAAGACCAGAGAUGGACAGUGCAGAGGUCUCUGGGGCCACAACUCAGCCGACCGUUUCUGCUAUGAGAAGCUGAACUCCGAGGGCACAGAGAAGGGCAACUGUGGCCGUGACGCCAGUGGCCAGGGCUGGGUGCAGUGCAACAAGCAGGAUGUGCUCUGUGGGUUCCUGCUGUGUACUAACAUGUCUGCGAAGCCGAGGUUUGGAGAUCUGCAGGGGGACCUCACCAGCCUAACCAUCUACCACCAGAACAGAUACCUGGACUGCCGUGGUGGCCACGCGGUGCUGGAGGAUGGCUCGGACCUGGGCUACGUGGAGGACGGGACGCCCUGCGGUCCCAACAUGAUGUGCCUGGACCGCCGCUGCCUCCCCGUGCCCACCUUCAACCUCAGCACCUGCCCCGGAUCCAGCAUCUGCUCCCACCACGGGACCUGCAGUAAUGAGGUGAGGUGUAUUUGUGACGUGGACUACACUGGGAAAGACUGCAGCGUCUAUGACCCCAUCCCUGACCCCACCCCUCCAGAGGGACCUGAGAAAUAUAAGGGUCCCAGUGGCACCAAUAUCAUCAUAGGCUCCAUCGCAGGGGCAAUUCUGUUGGCAGCUAUAGUCCUAGGGGGGACCGGAUGGGGAUUUAAGAACAUCCGAAGAGGAAGAUCUGGAGGGGGAUGAAAACAUCUGUCCAUUUGCUGUCCUGUCUUCCUUGCACUGUGUCCUAUCCACUUUGAGGAGAGAAAUCCAAAAGGUGUCUUCCGUUCUCUUAAACUACAACUCUCACAAUUCUCCCCRUCACGGUUCCUUUCCUUUUCAUUUUCUGUGUCUCCUGUCAAUCUUCCAGCCACAGACGUCUCACCUUUUUGCCUUCGGUAGGUUUAACCUGAAAUACAUUCCCCGAAACCUUGACCGACAAGGGCCACACAUUGUGUCACAUAGAAAUAGAUACAUUUGUGUUUUAUCACUAUGUUGUUUGUGUCAUAUCCGAAAUGUAAGUUUGUCCCCAUUGACUCCCCAUAGCUUUCUUUUUUGGGGUUUGAGGAUGUUAGACCAAGCUGUCCAGGACAUGUAUACUCUCCAUACAAGUGCUUGUACUGAAGUAAUAUCAAUUUGACUUAGUCUUUCCUGCCAUUUAGACUUUUCUACUGGACUAUGACACUUAAAAAAAAUAUAUUUCCUGUGACGAGGGAGGAAGGAUGAAUCUGAUAUCCUAUGUAGGGCUGCUAGUAAGCUUCUAUCUCUAGUUGCAAUUUACUAGUGGGUUAGUUCAACAAGCUGACAAAUACCAUACAGCCUACUACAACCAUGUAGGUUGUAUGGUACAAUAAUAAUAACAACAUAUGGGACCCAGCGGGCAAAACUGGUUGAAAUKAUGUCAUUACAACCUGAACAGAAAUGUUGACAGUUUUGUCCGCUGUGUAGGUCUGGUCUCCAAAGACGGUUAUCGUAGCUCUUUGGUUAGUGAUGGUGAACUGCAAGCAGUAAAUGGAAAAAACGUAUAUUUUUUUUCAUUAGACAUGACGGCAUGGUUGGGUUAAUUGCGUACUCUGCUUAGCUAGGCAUUUCUAUUAACAUACCAUAAUAACAUAAAAUAAUCAUCAUUUAUAUUCUUCUAGUAUGUUGCUCUUCAGUAUCAAACAGUAAUCUAGCGUUAAUCAGUUAUCCAAUCUAACAUAAUAUGCAUAAACGUGUGAAUGUAUAGCUCAACCUUGCAAGUGGGCGAACGCUUGUCGCAAUCUCUGUCUCGAUAYCAAGUGUACAUUUUGUACGGAGAUGGCUACCUAGCUAGGUGAAAUAGUCUAUUGCACAUACACAUCCAGACGUGAAAUGUGUAUUGUACUGUAUAACAUGUAAUCCAUAUAGAGAUUGAGUGUGAAUACAUGUAUGCUGAAUAUGGGUGCUUUAGUACAUAAUGUAUAUUCUAGGCGCUCCGAUGUUUUCGACAGCUGGGACAUAGUCGUAUCUGCUCAAAUGAAAGCACAAGUUUGUGAGUGGACUCAAAUCUUCCCUCUUUUUCUGUAUCCUGCAUCAAUGGGAGAUUCCGUAUAAGCAAGACGUUUAGACACUUGAGCUUCAUUACAAUGGUAUUCGUAUUUACAUUGACAGACUAAGUAUUUAAUUGACUGACAAAGUCAAAUCAAGCGGCCCUUUAAUUAAAGGGACAGUACACCCCAUUUUAGUGAAAUUUGCCUUCACCUAGAAUCCGUUGACUACUUUCAAAGCGAGACGAGCUUGAAUAAGAAAAACAGUGGUAGCUUGCGUGUGCCGCUGUCUCACUCCUUCCUCUCAGUAACUAAUGGAAGAGUAUUGUUUUAGGUUCAGAGUGUAUUCUGCGUGUCACCAAACACAGACCUACCUCUCCAUUACAGGUUCUGGUCAUGUUUAAAGUUACACUGCCAGCCUAAAGUAGCAUCAAGUAUACUUGAACUCUUAAUUAAUCCGUAUCUCUAUGUGURUUCCAAAAUGUUAGUCAAGAAUGGACAUUUCAGGAAGCUUACCAUCACAGUCCAUUUACUCUUGUUGUUCGCCUCAUAGGAUAUCGUUCGCUUCUAGACUUAGAAUGUAAAUAUUUCCGGUGUAUAAAACAAUGUGUAUGACCUUGAACAUUUUUUAAUACCGUGGCCUGUUGGUGUUUUUAUGGAGGCGUCUCUGUCGCAUGUUAUUGUAUAGUUGCCAUUGACUGAAUUCGGGGAGUUCGUUGAAUGAAAAUUUAAGCCUGAGCCUGUUCUCAGGAUCUUCCUCUUGCCUUUUGUUAUUUUAUAUGUUUAAUGUCGGCUGUUUGUUCAAAUUCUGGGUUGUGUAAUAGGCUACCGUGUCGUUUGUUUCAAUGUAGAUAUUUUACAUUCCAUGGGUAAGAUGACAAAAUAGCUUUUUAAAAGUUGAACCUGGUACAAUUUACAAUGYCACUGUCGAUGAAAACGCCUAGCGGGUUAGGAGCGAACUACAUCUUUAAUAUCUGUCCUCCUGCCUGAAAGAGUAACUGUUGACAUGACUGGUUCGGUCCUCAUUUGUUGCUGGCCUUUAGUGUGCCUUGUACAUCCCGACACAGCCUCCUUAAGAUCUGCCUUGGAAGGCCAGUGAACCUUUUCUCAGUCCAACAGGAUACUCGAAAUGCUCUUAACGGGGUUUAAUGCUCUUUUUGUAGAAAUAAGAGAAUGCCGGUUGAUAUUAAAGUUAUCCCUAUGUAAGAUUCCUAAUAGUUACACCAGGCCUCCAGGUUAAGUCUGGCUUUACUGUUAAAGUGAUACAGUAUGUGGUCGAGCCAAUGGGUAAUUGGGAAAUUGUGAUAUAAUGACGACGUAUGUCAAUAAAUACGUCGUAUUUACAUAUUUUGCCCUGUUCCUAGUGUUGCUUGGUAACCGUACAUCUCUAAAAGCGUGUAAUGUGUAAACAGGAUAGGGAUAUAGAAAAUAAAUGAGGAAUUAUUUUAUUUCCGUUUUACCUUUACACUGACACUCAAUGACCCUUUUUCUCAGGCUACUGUCCGUUAUGCUGUUUGAUAGACUAGCUAUGAAGACUUAGCGGAGCUUUGUCUAAACUAUAUUUUGUAAGUGAUCAAAUAUGAUGAUUUAGUUUGUUGUUUUGGGACCAUUAAUACACUGAGCACUGUGUUAUCAAAAAUUCUUGAAUUUAAUAGACCGUUUAGGAGUUGACCCCCCCCCCCCCAAAAGAAAGUUGACCAAAAGACUGCUUUGGGGUUGACAAAAAGGUAUUUUCAGGUUGACCAGAAAUGUGGGGACAGAUUAAUACAGACGAUUUGGUAGACCUUAAUCAAGAGAUAAUAGCCAAAUGGCCCUCUGUCAUCCAAAUGUUUGAUCUCUUUAGGCUCAUUCCUAGUUUUUAAUUUGACCCCCACACAGUCUUGGCAGACUUUACCAACCCUCCUGUGUGGCGCACUUAACAGCCUUUGUAUGAGUGGAAUAGCAUUGGCUGUACAUGUAAACAUAAUCCAUGUGUAUUUGUACAUUAAUUUGAUUUGACUUGUAUAAUAUAUGCAGAGGUAUUCAUAAAACCAUUUGUAUUGGACUGACCUAUCAAAUACCAGUGCACUUAGAUAACCUGCAAUAUCUUUAAAUAGCAGACUUGAAACCCAACAGUGAAAAUGUGUACAUUUUGUGUAUAAUUAACUGUGCAUUGCUUCCUGGCCUAGUGAUUCCAGGAUACGUAUUGYAUUUAUAUAGAAUAGCGUCGCUUUGAGGUUAUUUACUUUUGGUUUACUGUUUAGGACUUGAGUUCGACUUUUUCCAUGUGUGAUGUGUGCAAAUUCUGGAGCUUUUAUUUCUUUCUUUGACCUCCCUGCAACUGUAUAUUUGAAUUACAAUUCUGGAACAGAUAUCGAUUAUUGACUUCAUAUAUUUUUUAAGACCUAAUAGGAACAGGUGAUAACAUUUAAUGACGAGAAAAUGGGGAAGAGAAUGAAGAGAAAUAAAAUUGAAGUGUGAAAACA